AUGGACUUCAACAGCUCUUCUCCCUUCCCGGAGGGAGUCAUCUCCUUCCUGGACACCGACUUGUAUAAGCUGACGAUGCAAUGUGCCGUCUUCAAGUUCUUCAAGGACGUUCCUGUGACCUAUGCUUUCACCAACAGAACCCCCGACAAGAAGCUCUCCCGAGCUGCUUUCAAAUGGCUAGAGGAGCAAAUCCGCAAGCUCGGCAACAUUUCCCUGUCUGACGAGGAGUAUCGAUUCUUGCAGGAGCACUGCAAGUAUCUAACUUCGGACUAUCUCGAAUUCCUCAAGGACUUUCGCCUGCGGCCCCGGGAGCAGGUUCUCACGACAUUUACCCCCGUUGGAGACAACACAGGCUCUGACUCGGAUGUUGGCGACGUCCACAUGGAGAUCAAGGGCACCUGGUCCGACACGAUUCUCUAUGAGAUUCCUAUAUUAGCGCUUACUUCUGAGGCUUACUUUCGCUUCAUCGACACAGACUGGAACUACGAAGGACAAGAAGAAAAGGCAUUUGAGAAGGGUCUACGCCUUCUUGAAGCCGGAUGCACCACUUCCGAAUUCGGCACCCGAAGACGCCGUGACUACCAUACCCAGGCACUAGUAUUUCGCGGAUUGGUCAAGGCAUCAAAGGAGGCGGCUGCAAAGGGUUUCCCUGGAAAGCUGACUGGCACGAGCAAUGUGCACUUGGCCAUGCGCUUCGGCAUCCCACCUGUUGGUACCGUAGCCCAUGAGUGGUUUAUGGGAAUAGCUGCCAUCACCAACGACUAUACCAAGGCAACUGAAGAGGCUCUUCGUCACUGGGUCAGCUCUUUCGGCCCCAACUUGACCAUUGCUCUGACAGACACCUUUGGCACACAAGAAUUCCUCAGGGCCUUUAGCCUGCCCAUCCGUCCGGUCGAUGGCGGCUUCAGCCCCGAAGUCUUCCAGAAGGCUGAUGGGAGCAUGAAGACGUAUGCUGAGAUGUUUGCCGGAGUACGACAAGAUUCCGGAGAUCCCGCCGAAUACGUCAAGCUACUGCGCGAUUACUACGAUGCUCAAGGCAUCAAGGAUAAGAAGACGCUUGUGUUUUCCGACUCGUUGAACAUCGAUAGCUGUUUGGAGUGUCUUCAAAUUUCGCAAAAGUACGGCUUUCAACCAUCUUUUGGUGUCGGCACCUUCUUAACAAACGAUUUCACGCACCUUACGACUGGAACCAAGUCAGUGCCACUGAAUAUUGUCAUUAAGCUCAGCUCAGCUGCUGGUCGGCCAGCUGUCAAAAUCAGUGACAAUUCUGGAAAGAAUACUGGUGACAAGGAGACGGUUCAAAAAGUCAAGCAGCAGAUUGGCUAUGUUGAGCGGGAAUGGAAGGAUGGCGACGAGACUGCACGAUGGGGCAGGGAGGAAGAUGUCAAAGCAUAAAACGGGGUUUUAAGGGCACACCAUUCAACCAACUCUACAUCUAGAGCGGCGGCAGGUUUGUUUUUUUUAGCUACAAGAUAAGAUUGAGCACGUCUUGUUAGUCUCCCGGAAACGCUUUUCAGCUACAGCCCAUAUUCGUUAUAUACCCUAUAAAGAUAGACAGACACAUGGGCCACUGCCAAUGAUAAUACACGCUAUGCCCAUGAGCUAUAGGUAUACCCGUGGACUUGAAAUCGUACAUGUAAAAUUUCUGCGACGAGUCUGAACAAGAACCAGCAUCCAUGAACCAUCUCAGCGACUGCACCAAGAGCAUGCACCGAUAAAGUUUUGUCCAUAUCAGUUUAGAUUAAGUAUGUUAGGGCUAUCACUCUUCUAUCAAAGACGUGUAUUAAACCCCUCGUCCUAAGCCAUGCCUCGCCCCUUCCUAAAUUUAACUGUCGCCCUCAUGACUACCCCGACUCCCAUGGAGCACUGUGAAAAGUCGUUCAUACGUUCCGUCCCCUUUCCCUUCCAAACGCCAUGAUAAUGCUAGUAAAUACAAAUCGAGGUACUCUCCUCUCAGAAGAGAAAGAGAGAAUACGAAUAGAGAGGAAAAAGAAAAAAAAAGAAAGGUAUCAAUGCGUAAAAAUUCAUCACCUCCCACGCGUAG